AUUUUUCAAAUUCUAAUACUACCUGAUACAAAUGUUAAAGGACUGAUAAAACCAAAAAAGGCGAAAAAUAAAGAUAUAUUUCCCAAACAAACAUGGCGCUUUCAAAACUUGAGACAUCACUAUCUGUGAUAAGAUGUAAAGUUGAAAGUUGACAAAUGUUAGGAAUACCGAAAGACACUCGUAGAUAAAAUUUGACAUACAUUAGAAGGAUUUAGAUACAAGCAGAAUAAAAAAUGAGUUCAGGUAUUGCAGAGUUUGCUGUUUUACCGAAUGGAACAAAAUAUCCUGUGAUUGGGUUAGGAACCCAUAAUGUAACGGGUGGACCCGGUUCAGUUAGGGAUGCAGUGAAGUAUGCCAUAGAUAUAGGAUACAGAAGUGUUGAUUGUGCCCAUGCAUAUUUAAACGAGAAGGAGGUAGGAGAGGGUAUACAGGCCAAGUUAGAUGACGGUACUAUUAAAGAUAAAAAAGAAAUCUUUAUCACGACUAAGCUUUGGGAUACACACCACAAUCGACGACAUAUUAAGGAAAACUUCCAGAAAUCAUUGAACAAUCUUAAAGUCGACCGUGUGCAGCUACUGAUCAUUCACUGGCCCAUUUCACUUAAGGACGGAGAUGAUUUAUUUCCCAAAGAUGAGAAUGACCAGUUUAUGUUUGAGAAUCACGACAUAGUAGAUACAUGGAAGGGUAUGGAAGAAUUAGUUGAUGCCGGCAUGGCCGAGAAUAUCGGAUUGUCUAACUUCAACAAGUCACAGAUAGAACGUAUCCUACAAAGUGCCCGGAUAAAACCAUGUAAUCUACAGGUGGAAAUACAUCCUUAUUUUUUAAACCAAAAGCUUGCGGAUUUCUGCUUGUCAAAAUGCAUAACAGUUACGGCUUAUGCACCUCUAGCGAACCCAGAUAGUCCUUUGCGAACAGGGAAAGAACCCAGCAUAUUUGACGAACCUAUUCUUAAGGAUAUUGCUCAGAAGAAAGGCAAAACCAUAGCCCAGGUAGUUUUGAGAUUCAUAUUACAGCGCAAUAUCAUUGUGAUUCCAAAAUCAGUUACGCCGUCUAGAAUCAAGGAGAAUUUUGAUGUGUUCAGUUUUUCGUUGUCACCAGACGAGAUGAAACAGAUAUGGACAUUAGAUAAACAUCCACGAAUAUUUAUAGAGAAGUGGGCAAGUGGGCAUCCAGAGUAUCCAUUCCAUGCAGAAUUCUAAGGAACUCUUGUUUCUUUAACCACUUAUUCUAACAGAAAUAACAUUA